GGCCGGCGCCAUCCCGCCCUCUCCGGUAAAUGUCAAUUUUUUCUCUUUACAAGAAAGAACACUUCACCCCGAAGAAAAGAAACGAUCGAUAACUUCACUUCAACUGGGUUUAAAGUUUCUAACAAAAUCAGAAGACAAGUACAGGAAUAAUCAGUACAAGGUUCUGCUGUUGUUGUUGGACAUGGAGCGAGGCGAGCAACGUUACGUUGCAUAAAUAUUUACAAGAGUCUGAGUUUAAAACAAACAAGAACAUUCAAAUGGUUUCAAGAGAUUUAUUUGUGUAAAUAAUUAAUUUUUGACAGACAAUUUGUAUACAUCAAAUUUUCUACAACCAAUGAAAAUGCUUUAUAAUUUGUAUAAUUAUUUUAUUUUAGAUUAGGUGAACUAUAAUACUCUGGUGUUAUGUUUUAUAUAUGAGCCAAUGGGUGUAGCACCAGUAGCCCCUGUUAGGUUAGUAAUGUGGAGUAAAAAUCUUGACUAGUG